UCAACAUUAGCUGGUGGUAUUGGAAUUAAUUUAACCGGUAGUAAUCGAGUUAUUGUUUUUGAUGCAAGUUGGAAUCCGAGUCAUGAUACUCAAGCAAUAUUUCGUUCAUAUCGUUUUGGUCAAAAGAAACCAGUUUAUAUCUAUCGACUUUUAGCUCAUGGUACAAUGGAAGAAAAGAUUUAUCAACGACAAGUUGUCAAACAAUCAAUAUCACAACGUGUCGUUGAUGAUCAUCAAUUAGAUCGUCAUUUUACUGAAAGUGAUAUAAAAGAAUUAUAUAAAUUUAAACCAGAACAAUUACCAGAAGCUCGAUCAAUAUCAACACUUUUAACAGAAUCAGAUACAAAUUUUAAUUAUCCAAUACCAAAAGAUCAUCUUUUACUUGAUCUUUUGUAUGAACAUAAUCGUUGGGUACAUUCAUAUCAUUCUCAUGAUUCAUUAUUAGAAAAUAAACUUGAUGAAGGUCUUAGCGCUGAAGAACGACGUCGAGCUCUUGAAGAAUAUGAAAAUUUAAAACGUUUACCUGAUCAACGUCAAAUAGCUUUUCAACGUUUACAACAACAACAAUUAAAUGCUCUUAUUGCUCAGCAGCAACAAUUAGCAUCAGUACAAGGACGAAGACUUCCCCAGCAAUAUCAAUAUAUUCAACAAUUAUCUUCAGAUAAUUGUCAACCAAACCGAAAUGGUUAUGGACAAAAUUUAGAUUUUGCACGAGCACUUCAAAGUAUUUUUGAUAUGGGAAAUACUAGAGAAGGAAUAAAUAAUACAACGAAAUCAACAACUAUACGUACACAACAACCAAUGAUGAAUCAAAAUACUACAAGUGACUAA